CAUACACAACAAGUCUACAUUAGACGUGUCAUUUGCCGCUUUAGAUCAUUCAGCAUCUGGCUACCGAACGGCAAGGUUCGGUGUAAUCCAAAGUCAAGAAAACAAAGAAAAUCAAAACUUGAAUUCAAAAUCGAAACAAAAGAAGAAAAAAAAAACCAAACAACAAUUCUUUGAAAUUUCAAAAUCGUGUAUAUGUGUGUGUGGAAGUGAAUAAAUGAAACAUUGAAAAUAUAUUUUUAAAAUAAAAAUAUUUUUAAAGAAAAUCUUCAAAAAAUAAAGAUAUUAUUGAAAAGAUAUUAUUCAAAACUUCAAACGUUUAACAUAAAAAUAACACUUUAACUCGACUGUGUUAUUAAAAAAAAUUAAAAAAAAACCUUUCAACUAAGAUCUAUUAUCUUUGUCCAGUUACUCUCAAAUUAGUGUCCAAAUCAAUCUCUCAAAAUGAAACAAACCACAGUGGAUCAAAACGAAGCCAUGCUCACGGAGAGCGUGUUGAAAGUUGCCAAACGCGAAUUGCGUGAAGACAAAUGCACAAGGGAUCAAUGCCUUGAACAGUUCCGCAAUUGGUUGGCCAAAAAUGAAGAUGUCCAGAAUGUGCGCACCGAUGAUCAUUUUCUUUUGCGUUUUUUGAGAGCCAAAAAGUUUAGUGUUCCCAUGGCUGAACAGACUCUCCUGAAAUACCUUAAUGUUCGACGUACCUUCCCCCACAUGACCACCACUUUGGAUUUCUUUGACGAACGCUUGAAUGAUAUCAUUACCAAUGGUUAUAUUUAUGCCACACCCAAUCGUGACAAAAAUGGACGUCGGGUUAUCAUCAAUAAUGCCCAGUAUUUCAAUGCCAAAAAAUACACGGCCAUGGAUCAGGCCAAGGUUCACUUUCUAACGUAUGAAUGUCUGAUGGAAGAUGCCCAAACUCAGGUCAUGGGUUUGACACAUAUUGGCGAUUUUGGAGGCAUAACCACAGCCCAUGUGACCAAUUGGAAUCCCACAGAAUUUGGGCGUCUCUUCAAAUGGGGUGAACAGUCACUGCCGCUCAGACACAAAGAGAUUCAUUUGAUUAAUGUUCCCACCACGCUAAAAUGGGUGGUGGAUUUCGUAAAGAAUCGUGUCAGUUCGAAAAUGCGUAACCGCCUCAAUGUCUACACCAGUGACAAGGAUCUACACAAGGCCGUCGAUCCCGAAUGCCUGCCACUGGAAUUGGGUGGCAAAAUCCCACAAAAAGAAAUGGUGGAACUGUGGAAACGUGAGCUGGCCGAGAAACGUGAUAUUAUUUUGCAAUUAGAUGAAAUGAAGCUGCUCACAGAUCGUGGUAUAUUGCGAAAGAGUUCUCACAAUUCCGAAAAGUCCAGCAAUCAACCGACAUUUGUGUCACAAAUCGAGUCGAUACAGGGCAGUUUUCGUAAAUUGGAAUUUGAUUGAGAGCUACAUUUUAUGUGGGGGGUUAGAUGAUUUUUUCGAAAUAAUGUUUUGUAAUAUUUGUUAAUGAUUAUUAUGUUGUUUUCUAUUGUUAGUUUUAAGAUAAGUAUGUAGUUUUGUAUUAUGUGGUAAGAAAUUGAAAUUAUAUAUAUAUGUUAGACUUUUUUGUUGGUAGGCAUAUAGUAAAAUUGAUAUUUCAAUCAUGUUUAAUGUAUUAUGCACCAAAAUUCAUUCAAAUUAAAAAUUAAAACAAAUUUGGCUGCACUUCAUAUAACUGGAAUAGAGAGAGAAUAAUGUUGAGAAUAAAAA